AUGAGUGGGUUAGGCUGGAUCGUCGCCAUCAAAGUAAUGCUCAUCGUGUGUGCAAUUUGCAAAAAUACCACCUCAUCUCAAGCGGAGUCACGAUAUAAAUGGACGACGUUGGACUGGCUGGAGGCCCAGAAUGUCAGCCACGAAUUGCACAAUGUGACCACGGCGGAUGGCUAUCAGCUGCAGGUGCAGCGGCUGCCACGACUGGGAGCUAAGCCCGUGCUCCUGGUCCACGGACUGCUGGGUUCCUCUUUGGGAUGGGUCUGCCUGGGGCCCGAGCGGAGUUUGGCCUUUCAGCUGUACCAUCGCGAGUACGACGUGUGGCUGGCGAACCUGCGCGGAGUGUCGCCCUAUGGACGCGGACACAUCGACUUGACCGAUGUGAUGGCUGAGUUCUGGCGCUUCAGCUUCCACGAGCACGGCGCCUACGAUUUGCCGGCCAUAAUUGACCACAUGGCGGAGGUCACCGGCGGCGAAGGAGGAGGAGAAGGAGGAGGAGGAGGAGGAGGUCAAGGGGCAAGUGGGGAGCAAAUACCGGACCAGGUGCUGCUAAUUGGACACUCGCAGGCCUUUAAUGCGUUUCUGGUGCUCUGCACGGUGCAUCCCCGCUUUAACCAGCGAAUUCAACUGAUGCAGGCCCUGGCGCCCCUGGCUCGACUGCAUCGCCAGGUGCGCUUCGACGCCUUUCAGGUGCGCCAUCUCAUGAAGUUUGUCAAGAAACGCCAAAAGGGAAACAAGUUUGAGAUCUUUCCACCUGGAUAUUUCCGAAUAACAUGCCAAAGUAAACGCGACCUUUGCGAAUAUUACACCAAGCAAUUGGUGGGCAGCGCCCAAAGCAACAAAAAGCUUCUGGAAGCCUUCAACUAUGAAAAUCUUUUGCAAGGCGGUUCGGACAGAGAGAUAAAACAUCUGCAACAGAUAUGGAAAUCGGGGGACUUUAUUUCGUAUGACUUUGGUCCAGUGGAGAACAUGCAGAUAUAUCACGGAGUGGAAGCACUUACCUACAAUAUCAGCCAGAUCACUGUGCCAAUCGUAUUGUAUUUCGGGGAAACCGAUGCUAUUGCCACUCCAGAGGGAGUGCAUGGCAUCUAUGCCAGAAUGUUGAAGUCGGUGAGGAGUGUGAGGAGAAUUAACUCCCCCAAGUUCAACCACUUGGACUUCCUUAUCUCCGGCGACGUUAAAAGCCUGGUCAACGACAAAUUAAUCGAGCAAAUGGAACAGUUUCUCGAGGGCCGAUUGCCAUACGUAAUUGAAUGACCGCCAAAAAAAAAGGUGUCGUCAAAGGCGUUCAUUGAAACCCAUUAUAAUAGAAAUGACAAAUAAUAAUUGCCCAGCGAAAUGCUUUAUUUGCCUUGGCAUUCGUCCAAAAUGCCAAUUAUGUAAUGCGGUAGCCAGACCAUAAAAAAUAUACAUAUAGAUGUAUAAUUCAAAAAGCCAGCCGCCACAACUGGUCGACACUUUUACUUUCUUUUGAUGGCCAACAAAAAAAGUAUCUGUUUUUUAGUGUCUUUUGUGCUGCUUUUGGCCAAAAAGGUUUGGGUUAUUAAGCCAUUUUGAUGGUAAAACGAACGAAGACAAAUAAUGAUAAUUACCUUAUUGGAAGUGUUUUGACUGGCAUUUUAAAGUUGGGUGGUGUAUACUUAAUAAAUAUUGUGAUUUUUA